CGGCAAAAGGUAUAACAGUGUAUUUGAUAUUGUAACGGAAUCUAAUUGAUGUGAUAUUUUAAACAAGUAUGAAUUUAAUGUAAUAACAGAAAUCCGAUAUCAACUUACCAAUCAGUUAGUGGUGUCAUGCCAAGAACUAACGUUAGAUAUGCAUUUAAAGGAUUGAAUGCUAUUACAGGAGUUAUCUGUUUAGCCACGUUGGUUGUUUGUGCAAUAGCAUUUUGGUCAAGAAUUCCAGCAAAUUUUCUCAAAUCAGAAGUGAAUAAAUUUAAAGUACCAUUGAAUCCCAAUAGUGUAGCACUACAAAGUGGAUUGAACUACUACAUUCGAAGUUUCUUAAAUUCUUUAUUAUUUCCUACUGUUGUCACAACAGUGAGUUACACUAGUUUAUGUGUAUAUGGCUUUUUAAUAUCAUAUAACCGGAAUACUACAUACUUUUUAAUUUAUGAAGUACUUUUUUCAGUAUGUCUUAUUGGUCAUUUAGUCUUGGUCGGCAUGUUUUCGAAGGAUACAAGUUCUAUUCGUAAACAGGCUGAAGGAGUUCUAAAAAAAUUGGUCUUUUCAUAUGAAUCCUUAUCAAGCCUGAAACCUUCUAGUUUACUUCUUGGUUGGAUUAUGGUGAAUUUAAAAUGUUGUGGUUAUAUAGAUCCAUAUGAUUUUCUCGAUACAAAAUCAUUUUCAUCUGUAGACAUUUACGAUGGAAUAACAUAUAAUGGAUUAACAACUCCUAUUCCAUGUUGUGAAUUAAAUAGUACAUAUCAAAUUAUAGAUACCGGCUGUCCUUUACGAUCAUCAACUGGUCCUCAUCAAUAUACCGUAGGAUGUCGUGAAGUAUUUGGAAAUAGUCUUGUACGAAUAGUAACUAUUUUUUCCUAUUCAUCAUUGUUAAUCAUUUUACUUGGAAUAUCAAUGAUUGCAUGCUGUAUACUUGUACUCAAAGAAUUGUGGCAAGCACUUUAACCAAAAAAUAAUAAUAAACAUUUUGAAUAAAUCAAGCUGAUCGUGGUAACAGAUACAAAACAUUGCACCCCUGUCCUAUUUUACAAUGUAUGUAUAUACAUAUAACUGUAUUAUAAUAUACUGCAAUAGUAAAAGGGGUUAUCUAUGUAUCGGAGAGUUAAAAAAGAAUUACAAGUGAAUUUCUAUAUGAUCUGGACGAUGUUGGCAUGUAAUUGUUUAAACAAAAAACUAUUUUUGAUAUAAUUCCUUGAAAACGCUUGGACCAGAUCGCCAGGCUAAAUGUUGGAUUUACUUCAAAUAUAUUCUUCUUCCUAUUUAAAAUGUCUUACAUUAACUCGGCGCCCAAAUACUGUGAAACUAUUCACUCUAAUUUAUACGAAAGUUCUUAUAUGUUUUUGACUAUGUUUUGUGAAAAUUGUUUUCUUUCUUUAAACGUCUGAAUACAUUCCUAAUAAGUUGUUGUUAAUAAUAAAGUCAACAAUGAUUUCUUUGUAAUUAAACACUUGAAACUGGUGAUUUAGAAA